AUCGAGUGCUAGCGCAGCACCGUGGUUUCGGCUGGCUUGUGUGAUCCGACUCCGGGAGAGCAUUCCUGGCAACGUCGUGAGCGGGGAUAGAAACAAGCAGUCCACUAUAUUGUUCAAUCAAUAUUUCUCCUAGGAGAUGGGGAUUUCUAAAGGGAUAUAAGUUCGUCGAACGGCAGCAGAGCUGUGAGCGAGAGACUUUCCCCGCCUCGUUCACCCCCUCUGCUCACCUGUGAGUCAACACACACGCACGGACCACGCCCGAUUCACUUGCACAGCUGAAGGUCCGGACGAGAUCUGCCCAGAGCCUGAGAGAAGAGAGACCGCCUACUGUGCAGCUGGGCCUAUGACCAGCAGUGUCCCACCCUCCCAUUGAAAGCGAUGUGUGUGGGAGGUGGAGGCCGCAGCAUCAGCAGAGUGUGUGUGGGGCUCCUCUCCCUCUCCCCUACUCCACACUCUGGCCUGGGAUGCCAGCUCCCUGCCCCCCUGCCUGCUGUCCUGCCCUGAGCUCUCCUGGGGCGCCAUGAACACCUACAGAGAUCGAGGGGUCACCUGCACCUCCUCAGACCUGCUGGAGAGGGGCGGAGGGGGAGGGCCUGGGUCCCUCCUCACACAACAUGCCGCCUUCCACCUCACCCCCAAUGGCCACACUGCCCCCUCUGAUCCAGCUACCCAAUCCCGUGUCUCCGUUCCCAAGAUGGGUGUCCGCGCCCGUAUUGCUGAGUGGCCGCCGCGCCAUGCGCAAUCAAGGGAGUCGCUCCUGGAGAACGGGCAAGGUGGUAAUCACCAUGGAGACGACCCCUCCACGAUGACCGCAUCUUUCCCCAUCUCCGAGGUCGGGCUGGUGAGGGGAGGAGUGGCUCGUUUACCAAGGCGACGCACGAAGGACGUGGAGUUCCGUGGUGGGUACGGAGGUGAAAGAGGGUCUCCCGCAGGCCUGCGUGCUUUCCCCCCGUUACGGCAGCGCUCCAACAGCGAGGUGACUCUGAGCGAGCAGGAUGAGAACGAGGUGGAAGGUCGCGGAGGUGCUAAUCUGUUCCGGGAGUACGGCAGCACCUCCUCCAUCGACGUGCAGGGCAUCACCGAGCAGAGCUUCUUUGACAUGCUCAGCCAGUUCCACCAGGAGAGGCCCGACCAGCGCAGCACUGCCCCCGGACGCCUGGGAGAGCUACUGUACACCCCCAACUCCCCUCCCUCGGCACCCCUCCCCACGGGCCACUCCCCCACGCCCACAUCCCGGGGGGAGGAUGGAGGGAUGGGGAGGUCAGAGAACAGGGUGAGGAAGAAGAGUGUGGGGACAGAGUCGUCUCUGGGGACGUCCUCUCUGUUCCGGAAGCUCCGCAGCUCCAGCAGAGGGGAGCUGGACAGAGGGGAUGCGUGGGAGGACGGGGGAAGCCGUAACUCUACAGAUACCCCCUACAAACCCUGGGUGUGCCCCAAGAGCUUUGUCCACUACGACGCCCAGAGCAUACUGUUUGACCUCAAUGAGGCGGCUGCUCAGCGCGCCUAUGUAGCCAAGCGGAGGAACACUGCCACCGGGGCAUCGGCGGCCUCAGUCUCCCUGGCUGUGUCACGGUCCUCAACUCUGAGUGGGUUGGACGCUACCUACUCCAGCAUUGAGGACCUGACGCUAGGCCUCGACCCCAGCGCGCCCACACCCUCCCUGGGCAUGGACCCUCUGGACGCCCCCCCCGGAGGCCCCAACUCCAGUCCGCUCCUCCUCAGUUGCCCCCACUUCCGCAAUGAGACGGGGGGCCACGGGGAGCGCAACGUCAGCUUCCUGAGCUCCUCGGCCGAGCGGGGAAGGGAGGGGGGCGCGGGUGACAUGGCGAGGGGCAGCCUUCGGCGUAGCAACGCCAGUGUGUCGGUGGUGGAGGUGCCCAUAGAGCAGCAAGUCACCAGAAUGGACAGGCUGAAACUCUAUAGCAUCGAGCACGUGGACCUGGGGGCGCGCUACUACCGAGACUACUUCCACGGGAAAGAGCACUCUAACUACUUUGGGACGGACGAGAAGCUGGGUCCGGUGGCUGUGAGUAUCCGCAGGGAGAAACUGGACGACACUAAAGACCUGAAGGACCAGUACCAGUACCGCAUCAUCGCCAGAACCAGUGAGCUGGUGACGCUGCGGGGAUCCAUCCUGGAGGAUGCGGUGACCUCCACGGGGAGGCACGGCACGGUGCGUGGUCUCCCCCUAAAGGAGGUGCUGGAGCAGGUGGUCCCGGAGCUCAGUGUGUCCUGCCUGCGCCUGGCUCUCAGCACGCCCAAGGUCACCGAGCAGCUCCUCAAACUGGACGAACAGGGGCUGAGUCAGAAGCACAAGGUGGGAGUGCUGCUGUGUCGGGCAGGGCAGAGCACCGAAGAGGAGAUGUAUAACAAUGAAGAGGCCACGCCCGCCUUCUCGGCCUUCAUGGACCUGCUAGGGGAGCAGGUGUGCCUCCGAGGCUUCACCAACUACGCCGCCCAGCUGGACACCAAGACUGACUCGACGGGCACCCACUCCCUGUACACCACCUACCAGGGCUAUGAGGUCAUGUUCCACGUGUCCACCAUGCUGCCCUACAUGCCCAACAACCCCCAGCAGCUCCUGAGGAAGAGGCACAUAGGGAAUGACAUCGUCACAAUAAUCUUCCAGGAGCCGGGAGCGCUGCCCUUCACCCCUCAGAACGUCCGCUCCCACUUCCAGCACGUGUUCGUCAUUGUCCGCGUGCACAACCCCUGCUCCGACGACACCUGCUACAGUGUGGCUGUGACGCGUAUGAAUGACGUACCUUCCUUCGGCCCGCCCAUCCCCAGCGGGCUGACGUUCCGCGGCCCUGAAGCAUUCCGCAACUUCCUCUUGGCCAAGGUCAUCAAUGCAGAGAGCGCCGCGCACAAGUCUGAGAAGUUCCACACCAUGGCCACUCGCACGCGACAGGAGUACCUCAGAGACUUAGCCGAGAACUGUGUGAGCAGUACGCCGCUCGACUCCGCGGGCAAACUCAACAACCUCAUCUCGCUAGCGUCGAAGAAGAGAGAGCGGGCGCGGGCGAGAGACGGGGCAGAGUUGGGAGCGGCCGGGGCGGUGGCGUGGAGGGUGCUGGCCCAGGACUUCAGUGGAGGCGGGACGGAGAUCUCCUGCGCUCUGGGCGUGUCGGCAGAGUACAUCCUCCUGGCAGACUGCAUCACUAAGGAAGUGGUGUUCAACUGCUUCUGCGCCGACGUGAUCGGCUGGACGCCGGAGAGGCUGGCGCUGAAGAUCUUCUACGGGAGAGGAGACCACAUCGCCGUCAGAGUCCCAGAGGGCUUUGCUCAGGACAUCAGGGAAGUGGUGCAGAGGUUAAAGGCGCUGACGGUGGGCUGUGAGACGGUGGAUAUGACUCUGAGGAGGAACGGCCUGGGACAGCUGGGGUUCCACGUCAGUCUGGACGGCACUGUGGCUGAGGUGGAGGAGUAUGGCUUCGCCUGGCAGGCAGGGCUGAGGCAGGGCAGCCGGCUGGUGGAGAUCUGCAAGGUUGCCGCGGUAACCCUGACACACGAGCAGAUGAUCGACCUACUGAGGACGUCUGUCACCGUUAAAGUGGUGAUCAUACCGCCCUACGAGGAGGGAGGGCCCCGCAGGGGCUGUACAGAGGAGUAUGAGAUGAAGACAAUGGAGCAGAAGCCAGAGUCUGAGCCCGUGGCAGCAGGGUACCGGCCCUCCCCUCGCACCACUGUCUUGCGCUGGGACAGCCCCUCCGGCCCUCCGGGCCUGCACAACGCCCCCACCCCUCAGCGUUGGACCCCUAUGGGCCCCCCACCACCCCAAUCCCGCUCACACAAAGCCAUGGUCAUGCCCAUCCCAUACAGGGAGGCCCAGCAUCUCUCCAACAAGAGGCCAGUGAGCUUUCCUGAGAACCACUACAGCCUGUCCCCAGCGGGGGGCGACCGAGUGCUGCCCUACAGGAACCCCUCAGCCAGUUUCUCCUCCCCCUCUGGCUUGGGGGGCAUGGCGGCCCUGGGGGGCCCCAUACUCAGCGGGCCCUUCGUACGCUCCAAACCCUCACCUGACAGGUAUGGUUCAGCCCAGCGUCCCCUGCUGGCCUACGAACCUCAUCUCAGUCUGGACAUCACCUCUAGUGGAGAGUCCUCCUCGGGCUUCACGAGCCAGGAAAGCACUAUGGAGCGUUGCAAGACAGAGCCCCUAUGGCAUGUCCCAGUUUCAUCAUCUCGGGGGCCAGGAAGAGGGGGGCAGAGGAAACCCACCCGACAGGACGUCCCAGGGAAAGGCUCCCCCAACAGACACUCAAAGGGUGAGACCCAGUACUCCAGCCACUCCAGCAGUAACACUCUCUCCAGUAACGCGUCCAGCAGCCACAGUGACGAACGCUGGUUCGACGGGGCUGGGGGGGAGAGAGGAGGCCCGGGGGGGUCCCGGGGUUACCUAGGCGACCUAGCCGAACCUGACCCCGACCCCCUCAGUAAGGGCGGGUCCAGCGACAGCGGCAUCGACGCCCCCACCCUCUACAACGCCAAGCCUGGCGCACGCCACGGAAACCAGUCCAGCCAAACACAGAAGCCCCUGCACUGUUCAGCAACCUAUAAUGGCGGGCUGCAGGAGCUCUCUGAGGCAAGGGGCAAUGUAGUCGAGGGGCGGAGACUGCAGUCAUCGCCUGUAUUACCUGCCAAUCAGAACAAAGGAUACCGCACACGCACCUUCCCUCCUGGAUCCAACGUGGAGAAGCCAGACUCAUUAAAACCCAGGGCCUGCUACACACCCCAGGCUUACAAGACCCCUGCAGCAGAGAAAUCGCGACCAGUCCGAGCCGCCACGGUCACGCCCAACUCUGCUCUACUCAGCUCCACCCCUCUCUCCAGCUCCGCCCCCAAGGCCUUAUGCAGCAAGAACAGGCUGGGCCCCUGGCAACCAGAUGACAACGCCCCCUCCCCUUCAAACAUACCCACUACCUACUGCUCUGACAGCAGCAAGAAGCAGGUGGACGUGAAUUCUAAGAACGUGUUCGGACAGCCCCGUCUCAGAGCGUCGCUAAGGGACCUGCGGUCUCCACGGAGAUCCCACAAGAGCACCGUCGAAGACGACCUGAAGAAACUCAUCAUCAUGGACAGCCCUGGCGAGAUACCACAAAGAGACAUGUCUCCUCGGCGCACUCUUCAGCGCACGUUCUCAGACGAGUCUCUGUGCAGCGGGCGCAGGGAUGCCAGCUAUGCCAGCACUGCCCCCCUGUUUGACCAGGGCACUCCCAGCGACCUGCUGUUCACCUGCACCCUGCCCACCCGGCGCCACGCACACUCUGCCAGCCACAUGCCCAACAAGAAGGUCCCUAUGUCUGCGUCGGAGCUGUCUCUGAAAGAGGUGAGGGAUAAGGUUCCCCCGCUGAGGAGGCUGGACCCGGGGCUCAUACCCCUGCCUGACACUGCCUGUGGCCUGGAGUGGGCCAGCCUGGUCAACGCUGCCAAGGCCUACGAGGGUGAGUUGCAAAGGGCAGUGUCUCUAUUCUCGCUCACCGAGCCUCAAGUUGGGGUUCCAGACAUGCGGCCGAUCAUCAGUCCAGUCCAGUUCCAAACACCUCAGACUCCACGCUCUACCCCCACCUUCAGCGGGGAUGAGGUACCCAAUGACCUUUCGGGACGGCUGUACAGCCUAGAGGUGAUGCUGAAGCGGCUCAACACUGACCUGGAGAAGGAGAAGGAGGACAAAGUGCACCUGUUGGCUGAGAUGGCUAACCUGCGGCAGAAUAACCAGCGGCUCCAGGAAGAGAGCCACUCGGCCAGCGAGCAGCUCCGCAAGUUCAGCCUGCUCUUCACCGACCCCCCACAGAGGAAGUGAGCUCACACGAACACAGGAAGUGACCUCGGAGAGAGAGUGCGAGAGCAUCCGCAGAGAGAACUUGUGACCUAAGCCAGAGAACGAUGGAGAGGAGGGAAGAGGUUAGGAUAAAGGUGAUUUUAGUGGAAAGACAGUCACAGUGAGUUUCAUGCUGUUGGGAUUGAGUGGGGAAUGGAUUUGUUAGUGGGUCUGGUUAGGCACUGUGGAAUACAUGGGCAAUAGAAAAUAGAAGUUAGUGUGUGAAGUGAUGUACAAAAAAUAAGAGGUAAAGAACGCCCCCCCCCCCCCCUACAUUCUCACGUUCUAUCCCUCGCCUGCUGCUUCUGUCACAUUCCAACCACACCAUCUCCCUCCUGCCUCUCCUAGAGGGGUAGGAUGGUAGGGGAGAAGAGGAGCACUACCUCUCCACCACUGACCUGCUCUGGGGAGAGAGACCUGCCGUUAUGCCGCCACCCUCUCUGUGGUGCACCACCCACAACCAGAAACCCUGCCUCGCUCUGGGCUGGACGGACACAGGGACUGCAGAGAACCAAUGGAUCCCCGUUGGCUCAUCUGAAACCGAAUUGCCUAGACAGAAGAGCCUGCAAGUAGACACGCCUAUUUUUUUUUUACUCUAAAAGAGUCCCAACACAGCACAAGCUGACUCCCUCAGCCUGUGCACCCAGAGUGAAUCCCUCUGUCCCUGCUUGUAGGUUUUUAUUUUUGUACACACCUGCGUCAGUAAAAGCCAAUAAAGAAGAGAGAUGUUAUGAACUGUAGAACACUAGAUCACCCAGAGAGGCCUAAUACUGUUCCUGAAGCAAAUCAGCCAAAAACAAACACGAGCUCUGGCUCAAAAAAAAGGACUCCAACUCCCAGAAUGCUCUGGGAGACGUGUGUUUAUAAAAGAUGUGGUACUGUACUUUUGCCCAUAUGGUUCAACAUAUAGCUUGAACACAUGCAUAUUGUACUGAUACGCUUUGUUGCGUGUGUGUGAUAGGCUGGCACGGGGCAUUUCAGUCAUGAGCAAGCUGUAUUAUGACAGCUAUGCUAGUGAGCUGAGACGAGGCAUCUUGUUCGUUCAUAGACAAUAUAUAGUGUCAUAAACUCAAUGAUAGUAUCUCAAUCUCGUUUUUUUGGGCUAACGGUCAAUGUUAAAGGUAUUUACAAAUAUCUAAGCAUUUUUUUUUUUUUUUUUUUUUUUUUUUUACAUAUGUAGAAUUAAAUUAUCAUUUAGUGGUUUCUGUUUUGUUUACCAACUGCUAGUACACACAUCUGUGUGCAUUUAGAAAAUACAUAUAAAUUAUCUCUUAAACACUGUAGCACCUGUGUCAUGGUACAAUAGCUGUGUGUGUGUGUGUGUGUGUGUGUGUGUGUGUUAGAAUGAAGGGGUAUUAUACAUACGUUUUGCUAACAGUCCUCGUGUCUGCAGAUUUAAACUGAACAAUUUAUACACAACUGUGAGACCUAGCUAAAUAACUUAAGUAACUUAUCUUGUGGUGAUGGGUCUGUGAAACGUGUGGCCAUUUCAAAAACAAAGAAAUGUCCAUCUGACAGGAAUACACUAAACUUAAUCAACACACAAACGUUCUCCUAACUAGCUUGGUUAUAUUCUCUAUAGAAACAAUUUUUCUUACCGAUGUGUAUCUUUGUGUCCAUUGUUUGUUAUGAAUGUGGGAUAAAUGGAGGGGAGCGCGGAGCUGGCAAAACCAACGGUGUGGGUUCCAAUUCUCGUUUGGGCCACAUCCAUUCACUAAAAUUAUGAAACUGUCUCCUGAAGGACCAUAUUUUUAUUUUCGUUCCAUUAUAUGGAACCCCCUAGCACAGUUAAGUUUUUCAGGAACCCCCUGUCCUGCCUCAACUGGAAAUCCUGUCUUCCCUUCACUACUCUCAGGACCCUUCACAGACAUCCCCUUUUACGGACUGUACUAUUUAUUUGUAUUUAUUGUUUUGUGUGUGGACAUGUACCUAUACGGUGUAAACCCUUUGUGACUGGAUCGGUGGACAUUCACAUGCAUAUGGCACAAAAACACAAACAUACGAAACAAACUACACAACCCUGCCCUCACUCUUUCAAAAACAUCUGUACAUUUACGAGAGACAUUACGUUUCGAUAAGAGCAACAUAUACAGUACAUUGGGAAAGUGUUCAGACCUCUUUACUUUCUCCACAUUUUGUUAGCCUUGCUCUAAAAUGUAUUUAAUAAUUUUUUCCACUCAUCAAUCUACACACAAUACCCCAUAAUGACAAAGCGAGAACAGGUUUUACAAAUUGUUGCAAAUUUAUUUACUUAAGUAUCCAGACCCUUUGCUAUGAGACUUAAUUCAGCUCGGGUGCAUCCUUUUUCCAUUGAUCAUCCUUGAGAUGUUUCUACAACUUGAUUGGAGUCCACCUGUGGUAAAUUCAAUUGAUUGGACAUGAUUUGGAAAGGCACACACCUGUCCACAGUUGACAGUGCAUGUCAGAGCAAAAACCAAGCCAUGAGGUUAAAGGAAUUGUCCGUAGAGCUCCGAGACAGGAUUAUGUUGAGGCACAGAUCUGGGGAAGGUACCAAAAUAUUUCUGCAGCAUUGAAGGUCCCCAAGAACACAGUGGCCUCCAUUCUUAAAUAGAAGAAGUUUGGAACCACCAAGACUCUUCCUAGAGCUGGCCGCAAAGCCAAACUGAGCAAUCGGGGGAGAAGGGCCUUGGUCAGGGAGGUGACCAAGAACCCGAUGGUCACUCUGACAUGGCUCCAGAGUUCCUGUAUGGAGAUGGGAGAAUCUUCCAGAAGGACAACCAUCUCUGCAGCACUCCACCAAUCAGGCCUUUAUGGUAGAGUGGCCAGACGGGAGCCACUUCUCAGUAAAAGGCACAUGACAGCCUGGCACCAUCCCUAUGGUGAAGCAUGGUGGUGGCAGCAGCAUGCUGUGGAUAUGUUUUUCAGCAGCAGGGAGACUCGUCAGGAUAGAGAAAGAUGAACGGAGCAAAGAACAGCGAGAUCUUUAAAAACCUGCUCCAGAGCCAGGACUUUGAACCCCGCUCAAACAUCUCGACUGACCUGAAAAUAGCUGUGCAGCGACGCUCCCCAUCCAACCUGACAGAGUUUGAGAGGAUCUGCAGAGAAGAAUGGGAGUAACUCCUCAAAUACAGGUGUGCAAAGCUUGUAGCGUCAUUCCCAAGAAGACUUGAGGUAGUAAUCGCUGCCAAAGGUGCUUCAACAAAGUACUGAGUAAAGGGUCUGAAUACUUAUGCAAAUGUGAUAUGUUUUUAUAAAUGUGAAAAAUGUGGGGGUAUUGUGUGUAGAGUCAUGAGAGGAUAAAACAAUGGACUCCAUCUUAGAAUAAGGCUGUAACGUAACAAAGUGUAAAAAGUCAAGGGGUCUGAAUACUUUCCGAAUGCAGUGUACAGACAUCUGUCUCCAUUUCUCUGUGUACUGUAAGCUGCCUCAUCCUCCUCCAGCCAGUUAUAUCAUCUUGGACAUACCAAGAGCAACUCAAACAACCCUACACACUCAUGUUAUCACUGACGCUCAGCAAAUGUGCUGUGAUGUUGAUAUCUGCAAUGUCUUAAUCUUUAUUUAGUUUAUUUGUGUGUGGAGGGGUAUGGGUGUUUUUAAGGUUUAGUUUGGCUGUAUUUGAUUUCAAGAAAACUGUAGUUAUAUACAGUACCAGUCAAAUGUUUGGACAUUCAAGGGUUUCUUUAUUUUUGCUAUUUUCUACAUUGUAGAAUAAUAGUGAAGACAUCAAAACUAUGAAAUGACACAUGGAAUCAUGUAGUAACCAAAAAAGUGUUAGACAUAUCAAAAUAUAUUUUAUAUGCGAGAUUCUUCAAAGUAGCCACCUUUUGCCUUGAUGACAGCUUUGCAUCCAUCAACCAGCUUCAUGAGGAAUGCUUUUCCUUCACUCUGCAGUCCAACUCAUCCCAAACCAUCUCAAUUGGGUUGAGGUCAGGUUAUUGUGGAGACCAGGUCAUCUGAUGCAGCACUCCUUCUUGGUCAAAUAUCCCUUACACAGCCUGGAGGUGUGUUGGGUCAUUAUCCUGUUGAAAAACAAAUGAUAGUACCACUAAGUGCAAACCAGAUGGGAUGACGUAUCGCUGCAGAAUGCUGUUUUUUUUUUUUUUAUCGCUACAGAUUUCUUGUUUUUUGGCCCAAGCAAGUCUCUUCUUAUUAUUGGUGUCCUUUAGUAGUGGUUUCUUUGCAGCAAUUUGACCAUGAAUGCAUGAUUCACACAGUCUCCUCAAACCGUUGAUGUUGAUGUGUUUUACUUGAAAUCUGUGAGGUACAAUCUGAGGUGCAGUUAAUUGACGAUUUAUGAGGUGCAGUUAACUCUAAUGAACUUAUCUGUGGCGGUCCUCAUGAGAGCCAGUUUCAUCAUAGCGGUUGAUGGUUUUUGCGACUCCACUUGAAGAAACUUUAGAAGUUCUUGAAAUGUUCUGAAUUGACUGACCUUCAUGUCUUAAAGUAAUGAUGGACUGUUGUUUCUCUUUGCUUAUUUGAGCUGUUCUUGCCAUAUGAACUUGGUCUUUUACCAAAUAGGGCUGUCUUCUGUAUACCCCCUUGUCACAACACAACUGAUUGUCUGAAACGCAUUAAGAAGGAAAUAAAUUCCACAAAUUAACUUUUAACAAGGCACACCUGUUAAUUGAAAUGCAUUCCAGGAGAUUAUUUGAUUGUUUUGUUGUCUCCACUAUUAUUCUACAAUGUAGAAAAUAGUAAAAAAUAAAGGAAACCCUUGAAUGAGUAGGUGUGUCCAAACUUGUACUGUACAUGUUGAACAUAGCUCGGUGCAUCAAUGUUGCAUGUGCACAAAUCACAAAUGGUAACAUCGAAACUUGGUAAAUGGAUCAAUUGUAUGAAUCUUUUUUUUUUUUUAGAUGUCUUAAUUUAUUUUUGGAACAUAUUGGCCACUUUUGCGACAUGAAAAAUACAAAAUAGUGAAAUUAAGAGGGUACUUAAUUUACUUUUAUUUCUGUAUAUGCUGUUUGAUUUUAAAUCUUUGUAUAAAGCUGAUUUGUAUGAUUUACAUCGUUUUUCUUACUUUGUUGGCGCAUUCUGAAUGAGGCAGGAGUGCUUUAUGCAUUGACAAACUUACUGUUGAACAUUGUUUUCCUUGGGGAUGUUGUAUCAAUGACUGUACAUUUUAAAAGUGUAAAUUGUUUUCAUUAUUUUAUAAGAACAAAUAUUAAAAAUCUUUCAUAAUGAUAGAA